GUGCGGUUUAAAUUCACAUGUGUUAACUUGAGAACUACUCAGAUUAUAUUCAGUUGGUCAUUUCAUGUUCGACAGUGGAUAAAGAGUAAGUUGGUCAAGUAAGAGAGAACAAAUGGAUGAUUUAUGAUGCCAUCUGCAGGUCCCCAGCUUUACAUUUGAGGAAUUAUAGAAACUGAAUACUGUCUACAGUCAGGAAUCGAUUUCGAAAAUACCGGAAAGCGUUUGCAAAGUAAGGAAGCCAAUAUUUGAUUCAUCAUGUGUAACCCAAAGUGCAGCAAAGUUGCCUUGAUUGUUAUCAAUAUUAUAUUCAUUUUGCUUGGGCUUGGUUUGCUUAUCCCAGGAAUCUUAGUGAUCAUAAAUGAUGAUGGCAUCAACGAGAAAGUAUUACCAGCAUUACAGACUGUCGAUUUUGGAGUAUCGAAUUUUGGUGACCUUGCCAAAGGACUCUCUAUUACACUUAUUGUAAUGGGCUCUUUUGUUUUAGUUCUGUCGUUGUUAGGUGGAUGUGGCGCGUGCUGUGAAGCAAAAUUACUUUUGACGAUAUAUUCAAUUGUAGUUGUCAUUCUGUUCCUGGGAAAGCUGGUAAUUGUAGUAUUGUGGAUUGUAUUCAAAGCAGACGUAGAAUCGAAGUUGAAAGCUGAAAUGAAAACAGGACUUCUGAAAUUUACGAACGAUGAUCUUACUACUCACGAAGUCUCAACUGGAUGGAAUUACCUGAAUAUGAACUUUAAGUGUUGUGGUAUUGAUGCUGUCACUGGUACAGGAGCUGGUAAUGAUUACACGAACUCUGCAUGGUAUACAGGAAGUGGAACUGACGAGCUUCCCAAAUCAUGUUGUCCAUCAGCGACAUCGUCUUCAUACACCAGUACAUGUUCAUUUACUAAGAGUGCAAACCCAACUGGACAACAUUCACAGGGCUGUUACGAUGCUUUGAAGGAGUUUGCAGAUAAAUAUUCAAUUGCAUUUAUAUGUGUUGGCGUCUUCAUUUUGUUAGUUGAGGUGGCAGCAGUGAUUUUUGCGUGCUCGUUGUGCAAAAACAUAGGCAAAGACCACGUUGUAUAAAACCUUUCUCUGCCAUAAACAGUUUCAAGACAACUGUUAGCGUGUGUUUGAAGAUUUAGUCUUACAAAACUUUCAGAAAACAAUAUUUAGUGAUAUAUUUAAUAUUACAUUCGUACAUAUAUAUUUUUUCAUUGCUGCAAACAGAUGUAACUCAAUGAUUGACAUUUCAGAAAACAAUUUAUUACAGUUUGAGGUUAAGCAAUAGUGUUUAAAUAUUCCGUACAGUAGAAUUAUUGACCAACCAGUUUAACGUGUUUAUGAAACACUUCUUAAUCUAAAGAAGUGAUGAAAAACAUCAUAGAUCAAACAGUUUAUAAUAAAUUAUUAAUUUUCGACAAUAUUCAGAAAGUAGAUUAUAUAUUAAGAAAUUAUGAGGAUCGUGAAAGUUUAAAUCCUUGGUGUGUUAUGAAUGGUUUAUCUCUUUGGUAAUAUAUUUCAUGAUCGAUAGUUAUUUUUGCGUUUAUUAUCAACAUAACCAAACAAAUGGUUUGAAAUGUACAUAUUGAUGGCUGAUUAUCGUUUUCGUUUGUAAAUAGACUGAGCAUAGUGCAAGUUAAGCGUUGAAAUAUAAGCGGAUUCAUUGAUUUAUUCAUGAAAAUGAUUGCUUUGUCUCGCUUCGAAGAAGUCGAGAAGGCGAGACUUAGAAGUGAUGUGUCCGGCGUCGUCUGUGUGUCAACAAUUUAUUAAAAGUUUGUGAUAAGGUAAUUUUAAGGGUAACUAUUAAUGAUAAGUCAAUGAUAUUUGGUAUGCAGUUGUAUAAGCAUUAGCAUGUCACAUUUCAAUGAAGAUUAUUUGUCUCAGCCACUGCCAUGGCCUAUAAUUGACUUCGAAACUUUUGCAUAGUUAACGGGUUAAAUUUUGUGAUCAGGUGAGUUUAAUGGGAACCACUGAAGACAAGGCAAUGAUUUUUUGUGGAGCCUGCGUCUUUUGUCGCAAAAGCGAGACACAGCGAUCCUACAUUCCGUCCACAAAUAUUCACUCUGUAAAAGUUUUUGAAAUUUUAAUACCUUUCUUAAACUAUCCUGCAUUUCUACCAAACUUGGAUAGAAGCUUGUUUAUGAUCAUAAGAUAGUAUCCAGAAGUAAAUUUUGUAAAAAAAAAAAUCCUGUUUAUCCGUAUUUUACUUAUAAAUGGACUUAGUUUUUUCUGCCAGUUAACAUUACAUUCACUUUGUAGUUAAAAGUUUUAAAAAUUUUAAUAACUUUCUUAAACUAUCCUGGAUGUGUACCAAACUUUGACAGAAGCUUGUUUGUGAUCAAACGCUAGUAUCUAGAAGGAAAUUUUGUAAAAAAAUAUUUCCUGUUUUUCCGUAUAUUAAUUAUAAAUGGGCUUAGUUUUUCUUCCAGUUAACAUUACAUACAGUCAUCAGUUAAAGUUUUUAAAACAUUUAUUAGAUUCAUAAACCAUCCUGGAUUUUUAUCAAACUUGGACAGAAGCUUCUUACAAUCAAAAGAUAGUAUCUAGAGGAAAAUGUUUAAUAAUUUUUUCCCCAUUUUUGUUACAGCAAAAUUUGCAUUAUACUUUCAAAAAUUGCAUGCAGACGAGACACAACUCUUGUGUCAAUAGUUUAUUUAUUUUAUCAACAUCGUUCUGACAUAGACUUCUAUCGAAAACUUUUUGUAUAUAUGCCAGUAAUUAUUCGUCCAUAGUACACUGUUUUAGUGCUUGCAGCCUUCGUAUUAUGUUGCCAUGGAAUAAUAACCGGGGUUGUUGUUAUUUUUAACAGAAGAGAAAUUUUAUUUACUAAAAAGUAGAUAAAAAUAAUUGAAUAAUCAAAAAGCAGAAAAAUUAAACAAAUUUAACAUUUUUAAUGCAAGCAGUUAUGCGUCACUUGCCAGUUAACUUGUUUGAAAAUUUACUGUAUGUGUUUUGUAAACUUCUAUCUCAUUUUCAUUGUUUCAUUUGAAAUUAAAAAAAAACUAACGAA